AGUAAGUCGGGGGCGCGGUGGCUCUGCGAUUGAAGAGCGGAAAAGCCCUAACUCCCUAGCCCUAGUCGAGGAAAAAAAACGAAAUAUGCUUAGAUCGAGACAUAUAACGCUACUGCUGGUCUGUUGGGGCUUGGUUCUGUGGGGAUCUGAGGCGGCAGACGAAGCUGGAGAGAAUUCUGAAACAACCAGUGAUUGUUACAGAUCACAACUGUCCGAGUACGAGACACUGUUCAGAAAUGCGUUCGCUCUCAAGUUCGAAGAGACUGGCGCCACCGAGUCGACGGUCUCCGUCUACAUCAACUGCAUGUCAUUCGGUCAGGACAAGGAACUGGAGACGGCAAUAGUGUCCGGGAACGUGUCCAGCGCCGCUGGCGAGCAAGUCCUGAGGUUCACGUGCCAGGAAGACAUGCUCUUCGUUCUGGAGUCCGAGAGAGAGUUCAGUAAAGACAGAAACGAGUCGUGUCUAGAGUGUGCGGGGCCAGAGUCGACUGCAGAGGACGCCUGCCUCGUUCCUUGUGCAGAAAACUGUGAUCGGUGCUACGAUACCUCUGAUACCUGCGAUUGUACAAGACGUGUGUAUGAGACUGAUGAUGAGUUAAUACGUGAAAUAGAACAGUUGACAGAGGAGGAGCAUAUUGACGUGGCAAUUGAGGAGGUUAUUAAGAAGCACUCAGAUUGUGCUAGUGAAUGUCCGGACCACUAUGAAACUAGCGAAGGGGACUCUAGCAUUUGCUAUCCCUGUGGGAUAAGGUUCUGUGCAGAGUGUCACGAGGAGGGCGGGGAGGGGGAGUGUACCGAAUGUCUCCCCCACACUGAGCUGUUCCACGGAAGUCACGGGACCGAGUGUCUGUUUGGCGAGCUGGAAGAGAUCCUCCACGUGGCCGAGGAGCAGGAGAGGGAGGUGGAGUUGGAAGAAGAGGAGAGAAACACGUCAAGGAUUACAUUGGCUGUGACUCUGCCCAUCGUGUCAUUGGUGGUGGUGGCUUUCUUCAUCUUCAUGUCCUACAUCGCUCACAGACGCUACCCUCACAUCGGGGAGACCGGGAAGUCUAGGCAUCGCAACAAGCCACUGUACGGCUGCGUGGCGUGCAACCAGCCCCUGGCGGCAGACGCCGGGAUCUCCGUACUGAAGAGAGGCGGGAACGCGGCCGACGCGGCAGUGGCCGUAGCAGCAGCGCUGAACGUAACUCAGCCGUGCUCAACGGGCCUUGGCGGAGACUGCUUCUGUCUCUUCUACGAUGCCGCGACGAGAUCCGUUCGGGGAAUCAACGGCAGUGGACGAGCUCCCAAGAAAACGUCUCUGGAAAUGCUGGCCUCGCAGGGCUACUCGGUCGAGAGCCCACUGCCUGUGAGACAUGUCCAUAAUGUCACAGUACCAGGAGCUGCUGCUGGCUGGGUUGACACCGUCAGUACCAUGGGGUCUGGGAAGUUAUCUCUAGAGGAGAUUCUGGAGCCAGCCAUUCAGCUGGCAGAGGAAGGAUUCCCCGUGGCACCCGUGACAUCACAGCUGUGGGAGAGAGGGUCAUGUGACCUCCAGUCUCCGCCCAACACUCACGGGAGGGACCUCCUCCUGGGAGGGCGGGCUCCCAGAGCUGGGGAGAUAAUGAAGAUGCCACAUCUCGCCAACACCUUCAGAGCACUAGCGGAGCAUGGGAAGGCUGGGUUCUACAGAGGCAGAGUGGCGGAAUCCAUUGUAGAGUGUGUACAGUCACGCGGAGGAGUAAUGACACUGGCUGAUCUCGAGGGUCACACGUCCACCUUUGACCAGCCAAUACGGACCUGCUACCGGGGAAUUGAUGUGUGGGAAAUGCCGCCCAAUGGACAGGGCAUCACUGCACUGCUGGCACUCAACAUUCUGGAGGGAUUUGACAUAUCCAGCAUGACCCACAACAGUGGAGAGUACCUGCACGCCCUCAUAGAGGCCCUGCAACUGAGUUUUGCUGACACUCGGUGGUACUGCUCUGACCCAGCUCUUACCACUGUGCCGACCAGAGGUCUGCUUGACAAGGCCUAUGCUGCUCAGAGGAGAUCACUCAUGGACCCCAAAAAGUGCCUACCAGUAUGUGAGAGAGGCCAGCCAUCCAGCCACAGUGACACCGUCUACUUCAGUGUGACAGACGACCAUGGAAACGCCUGCUCCUUCAUCAACAGCAACUACAUGGGCUUUGGCACUGCCCUCGUACCAAAGGGCUGUGGCUUCACUCUUCAAAAUCGAGGGGCCAAUUUCUCGCUGGACUCCGUUCAUCCGAACUGCCUGGCCCCUGGUAAGAGACCCUAUCACACCAUCAUCCCAGGAAUGGCCACCCACUCCGAGUCCGGAGAGCUCUACGCCAGCUUUGGUGUGAUGGGAGGGUUCAUGCAGCCACAGGGUCAUGUGCAGGUUCUGCUCAACAUGAUAGACCACGGAAUGGACCCACAGUCUGCACUGGACUCGGCGCGGUUCUGCAUCAGGCCGGACAGUACAGACAGCUCCAUCCACAUUGAGGAGGGGAUACCGCUCGACUCCAUUAGAGAGCUGAGGGAACUGGGGCACCGUGUUGUGGGUCCAGUCAGAGGCUUCGAGCGAGUCUUGUUUGGCAGAGGACAGAUUGUGUGUUCUAGACCUGUGGGCGGUGGCAGUGGUGGGAGGGAAAGGGUUAACGUGUGGUGGGCAGGGAGUGACGGAAGAGGAGAUGGAGUGCCCGUGGGGUACUGA